UCUAUAUCCCCCCUUAUCACGUGCAAACUCUCACCCUUAAAACCCGGCUUGUCUGUGUUUACGUGAGCGAGAGAUGGAAAAGGAAGGAAGGAGACGUCUACGUGUGGUGCUAGUACCGGCGCCGUUCCAAGGCCACAUAAACCCAAUGCUUCAGCUAGGUAGCAUCCUCCACUCCAAUGGCUUCUCCAUAACUGUCGUUCACGCACAAUACAACUCCCCCAAGCCUUCGAGCCACCCGGAUUUCAGCUUUCUUUCCUUACCAGAUACCUCAACUGACCGCAAAAUGUCAAGGGAUGACGAGUUGGUACCUUUUGUAUCGCAGCUUAAUGCCAAAUGCAAAGCUCGUUUCCGAGAAUGCUUGGCUGAUCAAGUGAUGAUGAGUAGGCAACAGGGCAAGACGGACGACGCAAUCGCCUGCAUCAUCUACGAUGAAGUGAUGCAUUUUUCUGAAGAAACGGCAAAGGAUUUGAAUCUCCCAAGCAUCAUUUUACGCACUGGUAGUGCUUCCCAUUUUCUUACUCGUAGUGCCCUUGUCCAACUGAUCAAGACAGAAGGCCACCUUCCCUUCCUAGAAUUUAGGUCACACGAUCUGGUUCCAGAGCUUUAUCCACUUAGGUUCAAGGAUCUACCUCACUCCAUUUUUAAAAACUUAGAUAAACUUUUGCAAAUAGUGAGUGAAGCUUCUGACAAUAAAACAUAUUCGGCCAUCAUUCAUAAUACAACUGCUUGCCUUGAAAAUUCAUCAUUGGCAAAGAUCCAACAACAAUGUCAAGUUCCAAUCUUCUCAAUAGGCCCUAUGCAUAAGAUUGCCUCGGCCUCCUCUAGUAGCCUAUGGGAAGAGGAUAAUAGCUGCUUGGCAUGGCUUGAUAAGCAAAGUUGUAACUCAGUCAUUUAUGUAAGCUUGGGAAGCUUAGCAUUCAUGGAUGCCAAAGAGCUUGUUGAGAUGGCUUGGGGGCUAGUAAACAGCCAACAACCUUUCUUAUGGGUGGUUCGACCAGGUUCAGUUCAUGGUGCGGAAUGGAUUGAGAUACUGGCCAAAUGUUUCAAAGAAAACAUUGACGAAAGAGGUUACAUUGUGAAAUGGGUACCCCAAAAAAAAGUUUUAGCACACGAUGCAGUGGGAGGGUUUUUGAGCAACUGUGGAUGGAAUUCAACGUUAGAAAGUAUUUGCGAAGGAGUUCCAAUGAUAUGUAGACCAUGUUUCGGGGACCAAGGAGUGAAUGCAAGAUAUGUGAGUCAUAUAUGGAAAGUGGGCCUGGAAUUGGAAAGUGAGUUGGAAAGAGGUAAGAUAGAGAAAGCUGUAAGAAGACUUUUAGUUGAUGAAGAAGGGAAAGAGAUGCGGAAGAGGGCCAAAAAUUUGAAGGAUAUAGUCGAACUUUGCACUAGAGAAGGUGGUUCUUCCAAUAACUCCUUGAAGGAACUAAUAGAGAUGAUCAUGUCGUUUUAAUUUCACAUAUGCUUUGAUCAAAAAAAUUAAAAAUCUCAUAAUAAUAUUUAUAUGUAUUGUGAAGUAUGGCACACUAGUUUAUCACUA